UGGAGCCCGAACAGGUGUGCCAGGUGGCCCGCUGGCCAGCCAUGUCCUCCCCGUCUUCGUCGUCCAGGCGCCAGUGGUGCUACUUGUGCGACCUGCCGAAGAUGCCGUGGACCGUGGUGUGGGACUUUAGCGAGGUGGUCUGUCGCGGUUGCGUUAACUACGAGGGGGCUAAUCAGAUCGAGUUCCUGAUAGCAAGCGCCCGCCAACUGAAGCGGAGUCACGGCAUGCAGGAUGGUAACGUGAGGUCGCCCGGUCCUUCACCCAACAAACACGGCUCCUUAGCGAGAGCGGAACCCGGACCGGACGCUGGAAGGCAGCAUACGGAGCGCGUUGACCGCGGAGGAAGGGGAGAAGGCGGCGGGACGGCGAUACGUGUCCCGCCCAACGGGAUCCACCGAGAGCAGCCGCCUCAAGAGGUGAACCGUCAGAGCCCCAGCAGCAGCCGGAGACCCAUGAUCGGCGCCGCCAUCCCUCCCAAUCUGGUGACACAAAGUAUUGCGGGAAUCCCUCCUGGACUACUUCCGGGCAUGCCCGCGAGUCUGACCGCCAGGACAGCGCCGAUGAGCAGCCCCAUGAUCUUCCCUGCACCCGUAUUGGCCGAGAUGAGUCGCAGACAGCUGGGUAUCGGGAUGGGCAUAUCACCCUUCAUCACUCCAGAGCUGGAGCGAGAGCUCAGUUCCUCCCAGGGCCAGAGCAAAUCCCAGAGUCAGGCUCAGUCUGGCACCAGCAGCUCAAAGAGUGCUCCCCUAUCUUCCUCAUCCUUUUCCAUGGCUGGUGGUGUGAGCCAGACGAGUCCUAAGCCUGCCUCAUCCCCAGCCAGACAGCAACGUCCUCCAACAGCGAGGUCUGGAGCUGAGCCUCUGGGAUCCAGCAGCUCAGCAGAGGCGGCCACCACUGCUGCAGCAGCGCUACCCAACAACGGUGCCUCUGAGCUGGGAUCAGCAUCUGUCAGCAACACCCAUCCGGCUGGAAACACACUGUCCUGCACUUUGUGUCAUGAGAGGCUUGAGGACACACACUUUGUCCAGUGUCCAUCAGUGCCGGGGCAUAGGUUCUGCUUCCCCUGCACCAGAGUGUACAUCCAAAGCCGAAGGGGAGACGGCGAGGUCUACUGCCCCAGUGGAGAGCGAUGCCCGCUUGACAACUCGCCCAACAGCCCUCCGUGGGCCUUCAUGCAGGGAGAGGUCUCCACUAUCCUGGGCACGGGCUCAGCACCAGCAGGAUCUGCUCCAGCACCUCCAUCUGGAGCCAGUACAGGGCCAGGAGCUGCUCCGGCGUCUGGAUCUGGGAGUGGCCCAGCAGCAGCAGGUGGAGGGGGAGGAGGAGGCGGAGACGUCAAUGUUAAAAAAGAGAGGGAGACGUGAUGGCGAGUUUGAUGGUGACAAGGACCGAACACAGCAGCAGGCAGAAUUUGGUUUAGUACAUGAAGAGAUGACUACACUGGACUGCUGAGGGACCCAGAAGAGAAACACAACGACCCAUAAAGAAAGAAAUCCUCCACUACACAGGUUCUGACUCCUCUCGCAGUUCAGUUAAAUCCACCUCAUCAGAAUUCAGAAGCUUCUGUUUUUCUUUCUCUUUUUAUUUCCCAUCAAAGUUAAUUUUUUUCAGCUGAAACUUUGUAUUUUAGUCGUCCUUUUUUUAAGUGACUUUAGAUUGAAUCCUCAUUUAAAUUCCUUUUUCAGGAAAAAAAAGCCUUUCCUAAGAAUGAACAGGGAAUAUUUUCAUAAAACUGUUCCUGUAAAGAUGUCUGAUGUGCAGUUGAUGAUGGAUUUUCAACAAAAGUAGACAAAUCUAAACAUUAGUUACAGUUGAGGAUCUAAUGUGGAUCUUUGAUGUUCGCUAAGCUAGUUAGUUAUUGCAGACUGGUUUGGGUUAAAGCAAUACCCUUAGUGAUUCAAAGACGCCAAACAGCAAAUUAGUACAGCGUCACAACAUGUCUACAUGGUCACAUGUAUUAUAUUCUCUAUGCCUGGCAUUGUUUCUGUUUGAACUGGUCCAGUUAACAUACUGGGAUCACAUCACUGCAGCACCUAUCCUAGGCUGACUUUCUGAUCUCCAGGUUUUCUGUGUCCAAUUUUAGAAUAUUCGAGAACGUUCAGGAACCGUUUAUCAAAAAAAAAAAAAAUGUUGGCUUCCGACAUGGCCGUCUCUUUCAGCUUAAUUGAUCCGAAAUUUUCCUCAUAUCUACUAUAGCGAAAAGGGACAUACUGGCGUUAGAAUAACUCCAAAGAAGCAAAGCAAAGCUGGAAUCUAUGUACAUUGGUGUUGAGCAGGGAAGAGAAAAAUAGCUAAAGUGGUUUGUUUAAAAAAGGCAAAGAUAAUCUUUCUACCGGCAAAAAUAAAUGACAAACUCAAAAAACAAAACGGCUCUGAUGCGUUAUUAAUGUGUCUAAUCGGCUGAUUUUUACUUCCACGUUCUGGUUGGAAGCUCAAAACCAUUCAGAGCUUUGCUUGGAUCUACAAACGUCUUUCCUUUGUUUUGGAAGUUUUGCAGGAAAAACUGUUUGGUUUUGGCUCUCGGCCCGUUUAGUUACUGGAUUUCAUUCCUGAUUAUUUUUCUGUAGAAAAGGGUCUAGCACAGGAAAAAUGGGAUCUUUUCAUCAAAUCUACCAAGAACUGAGAACAGGCAGCUUGAUGGUGUUACAGCAGCAAGACUCUCUGGUUUAUCCACUGAAUUUCACUCCAUUGCCAGAUUUGAAAAUGUUGGGAACCUUUUGGAAAUCAGAGCUUAAAAAAGGAAUCAUAUUCUCUAGUGCCCACUGUCCUGCCUGAUCAUAGAUCUCAGCACACCUGAAUCAGGUGGCUGCAUUACCUCCUUAGCAGCCAUGUAGUUGAUCACACAUUUAACCAGGACAGGUGUGUGGAGGCCGAGACACAUAAAGCAUGCAGGACAGUGGUUCCUGGGGGAGCUGGAUUAAAGCCCCCCCGCUCAGUAAAAUCCACACUUAGAUGGCGCUAACCAGAUUCAUUGCUAAGAUAAAAGCGAUCAUUAAAAAUGUCUUUAAAUCAUUAGUUCUUUAUUUGAAAUUCUUAAAGCCCUGAUUGAUAGUGACCACUCUCUCGUGCAAACUGAUACUUUUCCUCUGCUUUGAUACAGCAUUCACUGAAAGGCCAGCAAGCAAUGCUUUUAAAUGCUGAAUUGAAUAUGAUUGGUAUUGUAAGGUCAGAACUGGAAAUCAGCCACAAAUCUCUUGUCGUAUCUAUUUAUUCGUUUGGUAUGAUCCAAAUAGUCCCACUUUGCUGCAGUGAAGAUCAAAGGUAUGGUGGAGGAUUUUCUUUUUCCGGGUGAAUCAUCUAAAUAAGCGGUCCUCCUAAUUGUCAGUCAUUCUGGUAAUAUAUUUACGUAAGGCCAUCCUAUGUGCUUGUCCCUUUAUCUAUCUUUUUCUGCGCAUGCACACUUUCAGGC